AUGCCUUCCUCCAUAGUCUUUGACUUUAAGAGGUAUACAUGCAACAACCUCCUGGAUUUGUUGAUCCUUCUAAGCCUACUCAUCUUUGUCGCUUUCAUAAGGCCAUUGUUGGUCUUCAUCAAGCACAAUUGGCAUGCUUUCAACGGUUCAGUACCUAUCUUCUCCAAAGUGGCUUUCGUCAGAGUGUUGCGGAUACAUCCAUCUAUCUUUCUUCACCAUUCCUCUACUGGUUGUAUCGUCCUUUUGCUUUAUAUUGACGACAUCAUCUUAACUGGUGACAACAGAUCUCUUGUCACUCAAUUUAUUCGCCGUCUCAGUAAAUAUUUUGCCAUGAAGGACUUGGGUUAUCUCAAUGACUUCAUUGGCAUUGAAGCUCAACGUGACUCCUCUGGCCUUCUUCUGUCACAAACCAAAUAUGCUUUAGAUUUAUUCCGCCGGACCAACAUGCUUGGUUGCAAACAUUGUGUUACACAAAUUGCUUUCGGUUCUAAACUUUCAGCUUUGGAUGGUACACCUCCCUCUAAUCCUCAGGCCUAUCAGAGUACUAUUGGUGCUCUCCAAUAUAUCACUCUCACUCGACCAGACCUCCGCUAUGCUGUUAAUCAUGCCUGCUAG